AUGGUUAGGAACGAAGUCACACGAAAUUCUAACUCAGAGACGGCGAAGAUAAGAAACGCACUUUUAUUCAUUGGAGUUCUCACCAUUUUGAGUCUGAACAUAAACUUGUCUUGCCCUUCGCAAGAAUCAACUCAAUGGAUCAUUGAAGCAGUUCAAGAUGUUUCCGAUCCCUCGAGCUCAGAAACGAAUGUCAGUCGAAUGGAUGCUUCAAAAAAGGUCGAAGAGAGAUUGCUCCGUCGUUACAAUGUCAAACGACUUGCAUGUUCAUAUCGAGAGCGUCUUUAUGCGAUGUCGCGAAAUUCAAGCAUUUCAUUUGAAGACCUACUAGAGUUUCACAGGCGAAUAGAAAAUAUGUCGAUUCAGCCUGGCGACGAACUCAAAGAUCCUUACUCUUGGAAGCGGUUUGAUUCUAUCACUGGAAUAAAAUGGAACAACAACGUGUUUGCUUUGCGUCACGAAGACUCGCCAAAAGUUCAAAAAAAUUUCCUGAUGUGUCUUCCGCCAAAAUCUGGGACUUCAAACUGGCAAAUCGCUCUUGCGAAGCUGUUUAUAACAAAAGAAGAAAUGGCCGCUAAAGGAAUAGUCGUGGAUGAGUCGGAGAAGAACAACUACUUUCCCGCUGCUUUGUACGCAACGGUUCCAAGAUUCCAUACAGUCGACCAUGCAGCACUGUUGGAAGCCAAAUACAACAAAUAUGUAAACACGAGAGACCCCUUUACUCGAGCAAGAUCAGGAUGGAGGGACAAGAUGCAAAUCUAUCCAGAAGAUCCGGCAAGGAAUACUUCUUACAAGAUUUACGACAGCUAUGCCAAGAAAGCUGAAAAAGAAAAGGGGCCUGCAGCUCCAUCGAAAUUUAAAGUUUCAUUGGAAAAAUUUCUCCGACUAGUCGUAAGCCAAUUAGACGACGCGAAAAUGAAUGCACAUUGGAGAUCUCAAGAUGGAAACUGUCACUUUUGUGCGAUCGAUUUUGCGUACAUAAUCCAGGGAUAUCGUUCUGAGGAAGAAUGGCCCUGGGUCCUGGAGAAACAGAACCUAACCGGGAUUCUAGAGCUGUCUCCUCGCUACGGCGGACCUGACCCAGACGGUUCUGAAUGGUUCGACCACGAAGCCAAGGGAUUCGUCGAAAUUCCACUUGAUCUAUUAAAGAAAGUGUAUAGAAGAUUCUUCUUUGAUUUCGUUGCCGGAGGAUACACGCCCGAAUUCGUCAAGACAUUUCUAGAGGCAGUGCAAAACGCACAAAAUUCACUUCGAUAG